AUGUCGCACAAUCAUGGUGGUGCGGCGCCGACAGGGGACGGGGUGCCGUCCUACUUCGAGAUGCAGCGCAUGUACUGGGCGGUCGUCGGGACCGCAGUGGGCAUAGCGACCGCCUGCAACAUCGCCAACAAGAUAGUCGCCGUGCAGAGACUCGCCGACACGACGAGAACGCCGGCCAAGCCAAAGUCGCUCGUCUUCAACAUCUAUGCCACAAUGACAGCGGUGACGAGAGAAUACUCGUCCGCAAGCACCGGGCCGCUGAAGAUGGGACGGUGGGAGUUUGAGCCUACGCCCUUCGGCAGACUCAGUCUGGCCCUCGCCAACUUCAUCGCCGUCAUGGUCUUCUGCUUCUACAAGCUCAACACCAUGGACCAGUGGCAGUGGGAGACCGUCGGGUACCGGACGGGUUUCAUGACCGUCGCCCAGCUACCACUUAUCCUGCUGCUGGCCGGCAAGAGGAACAUCAUCGGGUUUCUCACGGGCUCCAGCUACGAACGGCUCAACUGGCUGCAUCGAUGGACGGCCAGGACGCUCUGGCUGACGGCCACGGUGCAUAUGGGCUUCUGGUUCCGCAGCUGGGGGCGCUUCAACUACAUCGCUACAAAAGUCAGGACGGACCCCCUGACACAGAGAGGCAUCGCCGCCUGGUCCAUACUCACCUUCAUCCUCUUUGCCUCCAUGGCGCCUGUUAGACGGUGGAGUUACGAACUUUUCUUCCUCUCCCAUGUCCUCACUUUCUCGGGUUUCAUUGCCGCCGCCUGGUUGCAUGCUGCCAAUGAGGUCAAGAUGUGGGUGUGGGUGUCGAUCGCCCUCGUCGUGUUUGACCGUGUUGCCAGGUGGGCGGUCAUGAUAUGGACAAACCUCGCCAUCUUCCGUCGGUCCUCUACUACUACUUCUUCCUCCUCGCUGUGGGCAAACUAUGCAACAUUCACUCCCUUGGCCGGAGACGUGACCAAGGUCACCAUCCGCAACCCAGUCGCCUCCUGGCGGCCAGGUCAACAUGUCUUCCUAUCAGUUCCGACCCUACUCCCGUUCCAAAGCCAUCCAUUCACCAUCGCCUCUCUCCCGUCAGACAACAAGAUGGAAUUCCUCAUCCGUGCCGAAGGGGGCGCCACCCGGACCAUCCACAACCACGCAGCAAAGUUUACUGGUAUUGCCAACGUCAACUCCGAGAAUGCCGACUCGACUCGUCUGGUUACUUUGGACGGACCAUACGGCGCUAUCCGGCCCCUCCGCCAGUUCGACAGCGUGGUCUUCUUCGCCGGCAGCAUGGGUGCAACUUUCACCGUCCCUCUGCUCCGCGACAUCGUCGAAGGGUGGAAGGCAGAACAUCUCUCCAGCGUUGCACCCGUUACCAAACGUGUCCGCUUCAUCUGGGCCAUCCGUUCCCGCUCCCAUCUCUCCUGGUUCCAGAAUGAGUUGGAAUCCCUCAUGCAGGACCUAGAAGACUGUCGAGCAGCAAAUGGGAAAUUCGUCGCUACUCUCGAUGUAAAUAUCUAUCUCACUUCGGAUCCUCAUCUGUCUUCUUCCAGUCCGUCGUCUCAUGCUGCCGGCCUUCACCUGCAGCGUACUCCGUCGACGGAUUCGGAUCUGCCCAGUCCAGCUUCACAUUAUGCGUCUGAGAAACGGAUAUCUGUUGACUCGCCAGCUUGCAUCACCUCGGGUAGACCGGAUAUCAACAAAAUCAUUUUGUCGAUGUUGGAGGUAGCCGAGGGGGAGAGCGGUGUUGUCGUUUGUGGACCCCAUGGGCUAAGUGCAGAUGUAAGGCGCAACGUUGUCUCCUUGUCCGAUGAGAGAGCUGUACACAAGGGCACAGGUGCUCAGGGUAUAUAUCUGCAUGUCGAGGAGUUUGGGUUCUAA